CCACUACAAUUACGAGCAAGCCCUAGACCAACUACUCAGAAAACCCUCGUCGGGCGGCUACUGUACUGUACUGUAAUCAAUGGCCACUCAAGAUAACGACGAGGACGACGACGACAUCGACAUAGACAUUAACCCCUUCACAAUGCUCCUCCUAACCGACCAACCACAACCCAACCCCCACGACGACGACGAUCCCAAUCCCAACCUCAACAACAACUCACCAAUCGAAAAACACUACUCACCAAAUCAACAGCACCAGUUCCACUACCUCCCUUCUCUCUACUCCACGGUAGUCAUCCGCCAGCUCCCUUCCGAAGGCCUUUCCUUCCAGCUCUGGCCCGCCGCCACCUCCCUCUUCUCCCUCCUCGACCUCCACCGCUCCCACCCCUCCACCAGCCCCCUCUCCCCCUCUCUCUCCUCCCCAUCCCCCCGCCGCCGCCUCCGCAUCCUCGAGCUCGGCUCCGGCACCGGCCUCGUCGGAAUCACGGCAGCCCUGACCCUCUCCGCCGACGUCACCGUCACGGACCUCCCCCACGUGCUCCCGAACCUCGAGUUCAACGCCCGAGCCAACUCUGACGUAUUAGCCCGUCACGGGGGGAGCGUCGAGGUGGCGGCGCUGUCUUGGGGCGAGGUGGAGCAGAUGGAGGGGUUGAUUGGGCGGGAGUACGAUCUGGUGUUGGGGUCGGAUGUGGUGUAUCACGAUCACCUGUACGAUCCUCUGCUUCGCACGCUGGGUUUUUUCUUGGUGAGGGGGCCGAGAAGGACGGUGUUUGUGAUGGCGCAUUUGAGGAGGUGGAAGAAGGAGGCUGUGUUCUUCAAGAGGGCUAGGAAGAUGUUUGAUGUUGAGGUGAUACAUAGAGAUGGUCCGUCCCAUGGGUCUAGGGUUGGUGUGGUUGUGUAUUGUUUUUCACCUAAAAAACCAUAGCACCAUCACUGUGAUUAAUGCUGGUACUAACUGCUAAAAGUUGUUUGUAGUAUUUCUGUACGGGUGCAAUUUCAGCCGCAAGAAUGUCUUGGCACAAGUUGUUUGUAGUAUUUCUGUUCAGGUGCAAUUUCAGCUGCAAGAAUGUCUUGGCACGAGUUGUUUGUAGUAUUUCUGUUCAGGUGCAAUUUCAGCCCCAAGAAUGUCUGGGCACAAUUGGUUUUGGAUGUUAGUGAAUGUGGGUAGUUCGAUAAUGUCAUACCUGAAUGUGUCUUGUUACCUUUUUCAAGAAGGAACUGAGGUAUGCUUUUUAGUAUGUGAAUUUUACUUA